AUGACGGUUGUGGGAUGGAUAAGGAUCGGCAGCAGAAGAAAGGGCGAGGAGAAGGAGAGCGAGGGUGAGGGUAAUUCGGAGGAUGCUGCGGAGGAGUACCAGGGCAAGCCUGUGCGGGAGUGCUCUGGAGCUUGCGCGGCCGCCCAGGAGUUUACCGUCGCCCUCCAGAAGCGCUCCCCCGCCGACAAGCUGGGCGUGCAGGCCAGGGACGGGAGCACUGCCCUCCGGGCACGGCGCUGGGAGUGGGCCGCCGGCCUCGCUCGGGUGCUGCCAGAGGUGGCGUACGACGGCGUGACGAUCCGCGUCAUCGGGUUCCGGGAGAACGGCAUGGUGGGGGCGUGGAACGCGAGGAGCCCCGGGUCGGAGGUCAUGAAGGACGACCGCAUCGUUGCGGUCGGGGGCGUGCGCGUGACCAAAGAGAACUUCAAGGAGGAGCUCGCGCGGGCCUCCGGCAAGGUCGAGGUGCUGGUGCAGCGCACCACCACCGUGAUCGAGCGCGCCGCGGCCGAGGUGGGCUCUGGGGCGGAGGCGAGUCCGGCCCAGACCUACAGCGUCCCAGAUCAGCUCGCAGGGCACAGAGCCCUCAAGCUCGGGGAGGCGGAAGCCCCGGCGGCGGAAGCUGUUCCAGCGGGCGUCUGCGGGAGGCGCGCGGAGGGGCGGCAGGACGUCCAGCCGGAAGGCCACAGCCUGAACAGCCGGGGGGGCCCCCCCGCCUGGUGGCGGGAGGCGAAGCUGGGCAUCCGCCGCGGGCGCUCGGAGGCUCCUCCCGAGGGGGCCGCCUCCCUUCGGCGCGGCGCUCCCGGGGACCUGCCAGAGGUCGCGAGGUGCGCCAAGGGACGGGUCCUGGGGCAUAACACGUUUUCUGAUUCGCGGACUGGGGAGGCCAGCGUCUCGGCAGGGUACGGGGAGAUUUUCGCAGCUUGUGUCGACGGAGACCUCUUUGAUGUCAACAUGGACAGGGAGCAGCGUAAGCCAGCCAAUGUCGGUCAAGACAUACAAGUUUUACAACGGGCAUAUGAUGUGCUCAUCAAGCAAGAAGGUGGACCAGACAGCGAUGCAGCCAAGUCUUUGCAGCUCAAGCUUCACAAUCUUCGGCAGGUUCGAGACAGCGCCAAGUCGGAGAGCCAGCGCCUGCUGGUGGCCAUUGGGAAACUCUCCAAAGUUGAGAAACAAGUGGAGUCACAUUCGCAGUCGGUCGGACUUCUUGAGACAAAGGUUCAGAAUGCACAUUCACAUCUUCGAGUACAAGAACGUGCCUUGGCUGAGGCAAAGGAGAGCCUUGCUGAGGCGCAAAAGAAACGCGAUGAGCUGGUCGUGGAGACGCGCCGUGCCCAGGAGGCGCAGGACGUGGCGCAAGCGGCCGAGCGAGCCAGGCCACGCAGCCCUUCACCUACUCCGGAGCAGUUCUUCAACCUCAUGCGUGCUGAUGCCAUGGAGGCCGCAGCUCUACAGAAGGCGAAGGACACGGGCCUUGAUCCCAGUACGGUACAGCAGGCCCUUCAGGUGGGGCGCCAUCUUCUCCAGGGGCGCCAGAGGCUGCAGCAGUCCAUGGAGGUGUUCUUGGAGAUGCCCCUGGGACUCCUGGUGGCGCCCAGCAAGAGGCAGGAGGGCAGCUGGCGUUGCCAGAAGGGCCCCCGCGUAGCGGGCCCGUGGUCGCCGUUCGUGGCCCAGCAGCAGCUGCUCCAGGUGGAGGAGAGGAUCUACCACGUGGGGCUGGAGCUGCAGGCGAAUCUGAGCAGCAGAAUCGAGCCUCUCGCAGCCCUCGCAGCCGCAGGGCAGCCAGAGGCCCAGCAGCUAGCGGGGGCGGCCUCCAGGGCCCAUGUGAUUUUCGUCCAGGAGCACAAGUUGUUCCGACCAAAAAUUUUAGAGGCCAAGUCCAAGGCCCGCAAACUAGGUUGGAACAGCUUCUGGGCCCCAGCCCUCGCUACCGAGGCAGGCUUCGCCUCGGGGGGAAAGAACCUGGACGUCUGUCGGGAGCUGGGACAUCAUAUUCUUACACGAGGGCUGCCUUUCGUGGCAGGCGGUGACUUCAAUUUAACACCUGGUGAAGUCAAUGUCGGACUGGAACCAGAUCGCUUCGGAGGCGAAGCUGUUUUCGAUCCAUCGGUGCACACCUGCAGUGUUCAGGACACGCAUAGGACUUUGGACUAUUUCAUUUUGAGCAAGCCGCUGGUGAAGGCCUUUUUAUCAGUGGCGGCAGAUCUCUCGAACGACGUGUAUCCCCACAAGGCAGUGGAUCUUCACCUCACUUCGGAAACGUUUUCCUUGAAAGUGAACAAACUUGCCAAGUUCGAGUGUCUGCCAGUUGCUCUUCCUUGUGGGCCAUCGUUACCUCCACCUGAUUAUGCGGACCUCGAGCUGCAGAUGAAUCAGGCCCUGGAUAUUUUUCAAAGUAACGAUGAUAUGUUUAGAACCCCUACCCCCGCGGAAAAACAGCCUCUGGAAAGCCGGCUUUCAGAGAUCUACGAUGAGUGGUGCACUCGGUCCUGGGGGGAGCUCAAGGAUGUGUACCACCAACCCGAGUUGAAGUCCCUUCUGUCCAAUCCUGAGCGCAGGUACCUUCAUGGUACGUAUGUUCUGCUGCGUCACACUCGCAAUGUCAAGAAGCGUGGAGGACCCUUCGCUAGGUUCUGGCCUGCUGGCAGAGCCUUCGCCCACGAGCUUGUGCAGCAGGCAUUAGGACCUCUCCUCGAUGCGUAUUGGGCUUGGGACGAGGGGACCUGGGACAUGGAAGGUUUGGAUUCUUGCAUCACCCAUCUCUUUGAGUUGGAGAGCGAAUGUUUCAAGAAAGAGAGGGUGCGCCAAAACGCCGGGUGGUCAAAAUGGUGCGAGGAAGCUUUGAGUGGUGGCGCAUCCCGCGCCCACCAGUUUCACUAG